UUUAAACAAACAGCGUCAAUUUUGGAUGAAAAGAGGAAGACGAUGCUUCCAUUCAACUUACAGGAAGCUUCCUACUUACCGUUUAACCAUCGCAAUCUCUCUCUCUCUCUACAAGUUUAAUCUAUAUAUGAGAUCUCUUUUGAUUCUAUGUUAUUUUUUUGUCUGUAACUGUUAUAUAUUUGUUUGUUGAGAAAUGUUGAGGAAAAAUUGGCGUUUCUGGAGAUUUUUUGGAAGAAUCUGAGUGAAGCAUGCCGUAAUAGCAGAUUUUCCUAUCAGAAGGGUUUACAAGCUCAACUGUUAGUGGUGAUAUAUUUCGGAGAGGAAAGCCCUUAAAUGAAGUUCUUCGAUCCAGAGGGGGGAUUUAUUUUGCAAUGGAACAAAACUUUUUUACUAUGUUCUGUCAUAGCACUGUCUUUGGAUCCUCUGUUUUUCUACAUUCCUAUUGUUGAUGGCACACAAAAAUGCCUUGAUGUGGACCACAAGUUGAAGAUGGUUGUAUGUGUUCUUCGUUCUUUUGCGGAUAUGUUAUUUGUAUUUCACAUUAUUAUCCAAUUUCGAACUGCAUAUGUUCCUCGUCAUAAUCACAUACUUGGAAAGAGAAUAGUUAGAGAUGAACCUCAUUAUGUGGCAACACGUUACUUUUCAUCCUACUUCAUCAUUGAUGUGCUAGCAGCCCUUCCACUUCCACAGUUGGCAAUUUUGGUAAUUAUCCCAAACUUAGAUGGCCCUACUCCGUUUUUGACUGAAAGAAUUUUGAAGCUCGUUAUUUUCAGUCAAUACGUCCCUCGAGUUAUUAGGAUUUCUUUGUUCUAUAGAAAGGUGACGAAAAUUUCUGGCUUCCUCACUGAAAAAGCAUGGGCUGGAGGCGCUUUUAACUUUUUCCUCUAUGUUCUAGCUAGCCAUGUAGUUGGAGCCCUAUGGUACUUGUUUGCAAUAGAAAGCGAACUGAGAUGCUGGGCUAUUGCAUGUCAAAGGCAUAAUUGUGACUCUAAAUAUUUAUAUUGUGGUGAAGGCCGCAUGGGAGAUUUUGGGUUUUUGAACGAUUCAUGCCCUCUUCUUGAGCGAAAUGAAAUUAAAGAUUCAACAAACUUUGAUUUUGGAAUAUUUCUUGAUGCUCUUCAAACUCGUGUGUUGGAAACAAGAGACUUCCCUCAGAAAUUCUUGUAUUGUUCAUGGUGGGGUUUGCAGAGUCUAAGUUCUCUGGGACAAGGCCUUAAAGCAAGCACUUUCUAUGGGGAGAUUUUAUUUGCUGAUUUCAUUGCUAUCCUUGGGUUGGUUCUAUUUGCCUUACUUAUUGGCAACAUGCAGAAAUAUUUGCAGUCUUUCUCAAACGUGACUCUUAGAGUGGAGGAGAUGAAGGAAAAAAGGCGAGAAGCAGAGGAUCUCAUGUCACAUAUUUCCCUCCCUGAAAAUUUAAGGGACCGAGUUAGGAGACACAAGCAUUACAAAUGGAAGAUAACAAAGGGUGUCGAAUUAGAUUCCUUUGUCAGAGGCCUUCCUCGGGACUUGAGGAGGGACAUAAAGCGUCAUCUUUGCUUGCCUUCACUAAUGAGAGUACCUAUGUUUGAAGGCAUGGAUGGGCAUCUAAUGGAUGCUAUGUGUGAGCGUCUGAAGCCAGUUCUCUACACACAGAAUAGCUACAUACUCCAAGAGGGAGAUCCAGUACCUGAAAUGCUCUUCAUAACACGUGGCAGGGUGCUAAGUUUCACAACUGAUGGUGGAAGGAGUAACUUCUUGAACUAUACAGACCUCGGGGCUGGUGACUUCUGCGGAGAAGAGCUUCUGACAUGGGCUUUGGAUCCUGCAACUCCGGCACUUCCUUUCUCAACUAGAACUGUCCAAGCAGUUACAGAUGUCGAAGCUUUUGGUCUAGAGGUUGAUGAUCUCAUGUUUGUGGCUUCCCAGUUUAGGCGUCUCCACAGCAGACGCCUCCAGCAUACUUUUAGGUUCUACUCACAGCAGUGGAGGACAUGGGCAGCCUGCUACAUACAGACAGCAUGGCGUAGACACCGUAAAAGGAUGCAGGAACUGGAAGACACAUUGCAGGAUGCCUUGGCCACCGUCAGGGAAAGCUCCAGCCUCAGCUUUGGUGCCUUAAUCUAUGUGGCUAGAUUUUCCUCCAAUGCCUUACGCAUGUUGAGGCAGAUUAAUGCCCAAGCCCAGCUAUCAACACCUAACCUGCACCUCAUGCUACCCCUGAAGCCAGCACACCCCAAUUUUGAGAAUGAUACUACAAUCGCUACCCUUUAGAUUAUGUUGAUAAUUUGAUGGCAUCAUGGAUGAAGUCGUGAUAGAUGAUUAAUGUUCAUUCAUUAAACAUUCAAUUUCUUUAAUGUACAAGUAAAUAUGUGAUUGUGAGCUCAACUUUGAAGAGAAAAGAAUGGAGUAUGGAAGAAAUGAAUGUAACCUAGGUGUGUUAAAUAGUUCUCCAAUUUAACACAAUAUUCAUGUAAAUAAUUGCAUUUGUUUUUUUGGUGGCUAGGUAGGUAUAUUCUAAAUUGAGAACGACAUGUCACACUAAGGUUGAAGCUUGUGGGACAAUAUGAUGUACUUUUUUUUACCUAUAAUAGCGACAUACUUACAUUUUUACCAAA